ACAAGAUGGCGGCGAAAUACCUCUACAUGAUACUGAAUAAGUUUUAGCUUGAUAUUUUAGCUUGUGCUUAGAUGAAGAUAAUUAUACGAUGGUGAGGACUUUUAACGGCCAACCAUUAGGGCAAUUCGCCAGGAAUUUAGCUUUGGCGGUUAUCGCUGGAACUGGAGGAGGUCUUCUAGUCAACACGGCACGUCGUGACUCAGAACGAGCUAAAAGAUUAGUGGGCUAUGCUGCCCUGACUGGUAUGACUGGUGCAAGUAUUGGUUAUAUAUUUGGGGUCGUCAAGAAGCAGCCACCAAUCCUUUGUGCUCUUUCCUCUGGCUCUAGCGUCUUUGUUAUUUCUGGUGCAUUUUAUGUUUUGCGGGAGAAUCUUCUAGUGUCGUCAAAGGCUUAUAAAUGGAGAAGAAUGCUGGAUGAACUUCAGGGGAAACCCAACAUGACAACAAGAAAAGAAGCAAUGACUGGUACUCAAGCCAGUGCCAUUAGUGGUGGAAUCAGUGGUUUAUUGCUUUCUUUUACCUUAGGAAGAGGCUUUAGUGUGGCAAUCAGUACAGCUUUACAAGGUUUAGUGUUGGGAGUAGUUGGGCAAUGGUCAGUUUACAAGUGCCAGCAAUGGAUUUUAGAGGAAAGAAUCAAAUAUCAUUAUCCUGAACUGGUGGCUAAUGCUAAAGCUUGUGAAAUAGGUUGGUACGACUGGGCGUAUCAAAAACUGACCACUAGGACUCACAGCUCACUGGUGGAUGAAAAAAUUCAUAGCCUCACAAUUCAACUGCAACUUCUCCAGGAAGAGGAAGAGAGACUGCUGCAGUUGAAGCAAGAGUAGGAAAAUGAAAGUAAAACGUGAUUGGAGUUUAAAGUAUCAAAUGGGAAGACUAAACGCCAGUAUGAGAAACAAUAACUACAGAAACAUUCGAACAGAGCAAUGACAGCCGUUGUUUACUCUUGUCACGCAAUACGUUUCUUUUGUUGGGAGAAAGUAUGUUGCGUGACUAACCAAACAAUGGUUGCGCGAGAGACUAGCGAGCAUGCAGAUAUUUUUCUCUUUCACUGUGUCUAAAAGCAACAUCACAAAAAGUCCUUUCAAUUCUUGACUGUUUUUCGUGGCUGGGAAGAAAUUGAUUUCCCCCAUUCUCAUUUGUGCCGCGACACAAGUAGUGAAGCCCGCGAGUUUCGAGUUGGCGGGCAAAGUGAGCGUGCGAAAGGCUUUCGACAAAUGACUUCGGGGAGUCUUCGCCGCUCGUGAUGCCGAAUCUUCUCGCUAGCUAGAUUUACCUUAACAGUUCGUUUAUAGUCAAAGUUUUCCUGGACAGUGGACAUAGUGUGAAGAAUUGUAUGCAGGCCUUUUUUCGAGAUCCAGAAUAUUCGAAGUAGUAAAUCUGAGAAAUAA